AGUUUUCGUCGUACUUUUAGGUGAGCGUGCGCGGGCGCUGGCACGCACUGGCUCUUCCGUUAAAGCCGCUCAGUGCUACCACGACACUGGCCGAGAACGAACUUAGAACCAUCGAACAGUGAACGAGCGCCGAGCGCGUCGAUCCACCCUGUGAACUGUGAACUUUACUGGCUCGCUAGUGACUUACUCUUGUGACUGUGUUUUACUCGAUAUUUGUACGAUUGGCUUGCAGAUUCUUUAUUUGGGUUUCGUCGUUCAGAAAAGCGGGGUCUGGAAGAGCUCUUCAUUGAUGUUUCAACGCAGAUAAUGCGUCCGAACAAAAUGCAACACCAAAAGCUCAGCGCCUCAUUGUGACACAGCCCUCGCAAAAAUAUACACCAUGGAUUACAGACUAAUUGCCCUUUUGGCGGUGGCCGCCCAUUUAAGUAUAAUACCAUCAGCACAUGGGCAGGCAAAUUUAUUGACGCAGACGGUUUACGGAUUUUUAGACUUCACCACGACUAUAGGAAACACUGUAAUGGUCUUCUCGCCACAAUCAGCACCACCACCAGAGCCACCCAAAACAGAAAAACCAGUUCAGGAAAAUAUAAUUGAAACAAAACCACCACCACCUUCUGUCACCAGUGUAAAACCAGAAACUAUUAAACCUAGUAAAAUAUCAGAUAAAGAUAAAACUAACAAACCAGCGUCCCCGGCUGUACUGUCCAGUGCAGUCUCGGUUGUAUCAUCUCCACCCAAAAAAGAAGACAAGAAGGCAAAUGUACCAAAAUCAGUUAUUAAAGAACAAAAACAAAUCAUUACAAAAGUCGAAGUAGUUGCUGGUCCUUCGAAAAUUGUCGAAAGUAGCUCUCCUAAACAGUCUUCUCAAAAAUCAAACAAGCAAAGUUCUCAAUCUAACAAAAAUAAGAAAAGCGAAAUAAAAAGUGUCACAAAUGUCGUAAGCAGUAAAGUUGAAGUAAAACAAGGUCCACCACCAUCAAUCAUCAGCUCUAAAGUGAGCAGUGUGGUUCAAGUCAAAUCUAGUAAAUCGGCAGAAGAGCCCGCAAUUCUAAUAACCAACAAUAAUAUUGGUGAACCAGAAUACGAUUUCCUAUCACGACAACCUUCUGAAUUUGUUGAAGAGACAUAUAAGGUUAUAAACAUCCGACCAUCCAAAGCACAUGGACCGAAACCCAAGCAUGCUCAUAAAAAUAGAGCUCAUCAACCGACCCCCCCUCCGGAAGAUGAAGACCAUCCCCUCGGACUCGUUACGACGCUUGGCGGUACUGUAGUCAAGGAUGGACUUACAACAGUCCACGAAACCAGCGUCAUAGGAACAUACAUUUCUGGAAAGUACGCUCAAGUUUUGAAUAGCAAUUCGAAAGUAUUACCACAGUCUGGACAUAGAGCUAAGAUAUCGCCUACCCCAACACAUAGGAUUCUAAAAACUCCAGCGCCAGCUAUUUCUAAGAAUCAUAGGCAUAAUUUGGAACCUACUCCUUCUAUUGCCGAUGAAGAAAGCAGUUUCAGUAAAACCACACGUCGACAAACAAACAGUGGCGGUUCAUUUAAAAACCGACACCGAUCUCAGAAUAUCGCAGAAAGUGAAAAUCACGACACAACUCCUUCUAACCAAAAUAAUAAAAAGUAUAAAAAUAGAAACUCUCAUUCUCAAAGGACCCAAAGUACUCGAUUUGGCCGCCCCGCAAACACGCCCCAGUUGGCAACCGUGUCUGUUUUCAGCGAAACAGCGACGCCAUCGUUUUCUAACAGAAGGAAGGCCAGCCGAAAUUCUGGUAAUAAAUCAGUUGUGACUCCUUCAAGCAACAACGAUAAUCAAUCAAGGCGUGGAUUUAAGCCUCGUGCUCAACCGACUCCUGUCGAACAAGUAACGCCGGCGGCUUCCACAAGUGUCUAUAAAUUUAAGCUAAACCGUUCCCCAGGGUCUGGACGCUGGCAAUACAAAACAAGCCCUAAACCUAAAGUGACGAUCAGAAAAGCGACAGGUGACGAAGAACAAACGACGCCAAAUACUAAUCCUCUUCUUGACGAUCCACAAUCGAACGACAUUUCUCUUCAGGCGAGAUCUGACAAUGACCUUGAACUAUCAGGUUCGCAGAGCGGUCCCGGGACUCUUGUUGACAACGACACCGAAGAUAAUUCCAUCGAGAAACCGCCGCCAGUCGAAACACUAAAAGUAGAAAUAUCGACUCCUGCCGAUUUUAGUGACGUUUAUUAUGAAUUAGCUACGAUCAAGUCUUCCUAUACCUUCCAGGUUGGACGCGUUAAAAAUACUCGUAUCAUUACAGUUACAUCAACAAUAGAAAAACGUUUAGAACCAUCUGCCACUCUCAAUUCGCAAAGUUCUCUCAACGAGCCGUUGACAGAAAAUAUAUUAGCGACAACUUCGCCAUACGGAAAAGAUCAUAAUCUGUUGGACUCCAGCAUAGCUACUUUGCCUCCAAUAACUUUAAAUUCAGACAUGGAAACACCGCCCUUAGAAACGGUGACUGAAACAUUCAGUACUACACAGAACAUGCUAAAGACCCAUAUUUUACCAGUCGUAAGAGAUGUCAACUUAACGAGCAGUCUAACUUUUAUACAAACUUACCAUGUGACUCGAUUUGUAACAGCUACUAAAACUUUGCCACCGAUGGACUUCUACCAAUUUAUUCCAAGUAAAACAUUGAAAGAAUUCAAUAGCCGUCUUGAUGAGGCUGGUUCCGAACUACAUUUGGAACUAGACUUCGGCGACAGCAGUGAAGACGAAGACGGAGUUCCGCGACGAGCGUUCCCGCCUGAACUGGACCUCGCUAAUAUUGGAUCCGAUUUCGAUCUGUCAGAACUAGAAAAGUAUGGAGCAGAUAAUCAUUUAAGACUUAAAAAGGCACACGGGCAGAACAAAGGCAAUCAUGUAACGGAAGCGCCAUCUGUGCCCACCCCUGCCUUGACACCUGAACAGGCACAACAAUUAGCAUUGCUGAGACUUCUGAACCCAGCUGCCGCUGCACAAAUUCCCAACGUUGUGACCACAUCUAAACCGGUUCUUAAGUAUGAGACCAUAUAUGAAUCACAUGUAAUACCCUUCUUCGAUGGUAAAACAACGGUGCAGAGUACCAUAUCGAGACCGGUGGCAACAGUCACCAAAACGGAAUACGAAAUAGGCACAAGCAGUCUUCCCGCCCUGCCGCUGCAACCUAUUAAUCCACUUUUCCCUCAACAACAGUUCACAGUAACUUCGACACCAGUUGUCAUGAACACCGAAGUUACAGCAACCGAUAGUCAAAUUCUGAAAUUGACUUUCGGCGCGAAGACAGUAUACACUACAUUGUUCACGACUAAAGUUGUGCCGACAGUGCUCACGUCUUACGUAACGUCGUCGAUACCAGUGCAGCCGAGCGCCGCCGGUUACCCGGGCUACUUCCCGCCUCCGUUUGCGCCCUUCCCCUAUGUAGGUUAAUCGGAUCAUUGGGUAUUGUGUAAAAUAUAAUAUUGGACCUUAUAAAUCACGUAAUAGACACCAGUGUAAACAGUGAUGAUAAAAACAUAAAAGUUUUAGUGGAAACUUAACUCUAAAAUAUUAGUGUUUGUUGUGGUGCGCGUGAUAAACUAUAUUGCGAGUGGGUGAGCAGUAAACACUGCAGAAGCAGCAGAACGACGGGAUUUAUAGCCUUUGUGGGAACAGGGAACACGCAAAACUAUAAACGUGUACUUUCUUCUAACUUUUCCCACUUCGCUACGGUGCGUGUUAGAUACUGUAUGUGGAAAUAACGCUUAUCGACAAAUAUUAGACGAAUACAACGCAAUCAUUAGCUUAUAAGUCGAUACUUGUAAAUAUUUCUAUUUAUAUGAAUAUAUUGUGUACAUAGAUAAAUAUAAAAAUAAAAUAUGAGAUCUAGCUAAAAUUGUAGAUAAAAUUUUACAAUUUUGUAAAAAAAUAUUUUGUAUUUUUGUAACGUAUCGCUUAAUUAAAUGGGUCUUAUAUGAUUAAAGUGAAAUACAGAAAAUAAAA